ACGAAUGUCGCCGAGUGAACCCGAGUGAUGAGGGUCAGCUGACUGUGAGGCGGCGGAACAGUUGUCGGUUCAGUGAAUCAGAAACUAAAGCGGCUCCGGAUCGGUCGAGAAGCCCGGACACAGACAUGCCGUCGCUCCUGUUCUGCGGGCCGAAGAUGGCCGCGUGCGGGAUCGUGAUCAGCAUCUGGGGCGUCAUCAUGCUGGCGAUGCUGGGGAUCUUCUUCACCGCCAAGUCGGCCGUGCUGAUCGAGGACGUCCCGUUCACCGAGGAGGACAUCCGCAACGAUAAAAAUCCUCCUCAGAACAUCUACAGUCUGUACAACCAGGUCGGCAUCAACUGCUUCAUCGCCGCCGGCGUCUACGUGGCGGUGGGCGCCGUGUCGCUGUGCCAGGUCCGGCUCAACAAGCGGCAGGAGUACAUGGUCACAUAAAGAACCCCGGACCCCGGACCCCCGGCCCCCCGAGGACGUGACAUCAGCUAUAAAGUUUACGUUACACACCUUCCUUUUAUAGCGGACCAAUCAGCAGCUGACGUCACCGGAGAGCCGGUGAAAUCUCGCUUUUUCGGGGGAUCUGGUUGGUUGAGAUUAACGUAGUUUGGGGGGGGGGGAUUAUUUAUUUUACAGUUAAAACCUUCGAUGUGUUUGUCGUCUGCUGUGAUGUUUGCUGUCGUCGGAUCUUCCCUUCUUCACUUUGGCUUCAGAUCUCCUGCAUGUCGCGUUUCUUUCAUCGCUGAAUUUAAAUUGACGAGGAGGAAAAUGAUCAAUGAAACGGCUUCCUGUCAGCUGGCGUAAAGAAACGAACAUCUCACUCGUGUUCGCCGGAGGCGACGCCUUGACAGCACGCGCAGAGUCAGUUCGAUCCUGUCCGUGUUCUGUUGGAUCUGCUGAAGCAAACUGAUCAGAAACGUCAAGGCUUCGAUUCCACUGAGCCGCUGACAGGAAGUCGCCCUUAUCGUAUGUUCAGGCUGUUUGUCGUUAAUGCUACUGUGGAUCAAAGCGAAAGGUGUUUAAUGUGACGAAUACAUUCUGGUGGAUAAUCCUUUGCAAUAAAGUGUGUGUGUGUUUAAAAACUGAAA